AUGCUGUUUUCCGCGGAGUCCGACGCUGGCAUUGAUCUGAAUCAGAACGCGUUUCUCCUGAUCCAUGGCUGGACGGUUGGGCCCCUGCUGCUGGAGUUCCUUCCGCUGCUGGACGCCUGCAGAAGUCCCAAGACGCUUCCGCAGCUCGCCAAAGAGACCAACGCCUGCGAGGGGCCCCUGGCGGUGACGUUGAGGAGCUGCAGCGUGCUGGGCUUCGUGCGCUUCCACGCCGGUACUUACGUGGCGGUGGAAGGCCCAGAGCUGAAUAGCUUGGUCUCAAGCUUGGAAGCAUUAGGCUCCAAGCUGCGAGCGCUCUACGAGCUGAAGAUCCCCUUCCCGGUGCCUUCAGAAGCCUCGGCCUGCUGCCUGCAAUUGUGGCAGGACAUCAAAAAGCUGUCGGUCUCCAAGGGUCUCAGCAUUUUGCUGCAGGGUAUGGCGCUCUCGCCCUUGCUGACCUCCAUCACCUACAAUGCCCGGUGGACGGCUGAGGGCCUGGAUCUGGGCCGCGACAAGGCCAACACCCUGGACUUCAAGUUAGAGGACUCUGCGCGGCAGGCGCUGAGCCAAGCCUUCCAGGAGCUUGGCAUCGGCGUCAUCCGGGCCGGCGGCAAGACGGCCAUCUCCCCACAGGGCUACUUGGGACUCCAGCGAGUCUAUGCCUACUACGUGCCCACCUCGUAUUCACCUUUGCUGUCACGCUUCCACGAGUUGCUGUUCAAAGAUCCGGGAUGGGGCUUCAAUGAGCUGGAUCCCGAUGAAGAUGAGAUUCAUGUGGAGCGAACCCUGAAUGUGGUCGGCAGCGGUGCGCAGCAUGCGUCUCUCUUCAAGGAUUUGUUGCGCCAUGUGCAUUUGGUCUUUGACAACGAGAAGUUCGAUGAGCAGCCGCAGUUUGUGGUUGACACUGGCUGUGGCGAUGGUCACCUGCUUGCCUGCAUCUAUGCGCACGUCCGUGACCACACGGCUCGAGGCAAGGUGUUGGAAGACCAUCCGUUGACCAUGGUGGGUGUGGACUUCAACGAGAAAUCCCGGGUCGCCACCGCUUGCAACCUGGAUCAGCUCCAGGUGCCUCAUCGCGUGAUCGCCGGGGACAUCGGCAAGCCCGCAAGUAUCAUGAACCAGCUGAAGCGCAAGAAGGUGAACUCCAAGAAGUGUUUGCACGUUCGGAGCUUCUUGGACCAUGACCGGCCCUACAUCCCAGCCAAGACAGCCAUAGCGCAAGAAAGCGUGGCCAGCUUCGUGCAGGCACAGCUGGAAGACUUCGUCCACUUGGACAAGGAGGGGAAAGCCAUCGCGCCACUGGAGCUCUUUGCGUCUCUGGUGGAGCACAUGGCGCGCUGGGGCGACGCCCUGGAGGAGUCCUUUGGGCUUUGCAUGUUGGAGGUGAUGCAGCUGGACGUGGCCACCACCCAGCGCUUUUUGAACGACUGCGUCUCCUUCCACUUCGACAUCGUUCAGAGCCUCUCCCGGCAAUACAUGGUCUCUGCUGUGGCCUUCGCCCUGAGCUCUGCCAUGGCCGGGCUGUUUCCCACAGACUGCAGAUCCGUGCAGACCUACCCGGAAAAAGGAGGCUACUGCCGCAUGAUGAACCAGCAUUUGGUGCGCAAGCCCUACAAGAUCCGCUUGGCCGAAGUGUCAGACCUGCCGAGUUUGGAGCAAUUGGAGCAGACGUGGGCGCCCAAUCUCCGAGCAACUCCAGAAGUGCUCCGAAAGAGGCUUGAGACCUGUGCAAAUCUGGUCUGUGAGGUGGAUGGAAAGACUGUAGCCGUUCUUUACAUUCAACGGAUUCAAUCAGUCGACAUGGUCGACUCCCAAAAGUUCAUGGCCAUCUCUGAGUCGCAUGACCCCAAAGGUCGUAUCAUGCAGCUCAUUGCCAUCAGCUCCGAUCCCGAUGCCCAAUUUGUUGGUUUGGGUGCCGAAUUGCGGGCAUUUGCACUGCUCCUUGCAAAAUUGGACCCCAGCGUUGACACUGUGAUCGGCGUGACUCGGUGUACUGAGUUUGCCAGCUGCAAGAAAGCUGGAAGAUGUAAAGGCUUGUCUGAGUAUGUUGCUCGGCAUGUGAGCGGCAAGCACAGUGAUGGCACGUUGGGAUUCCAUACAGGAUACGGAGCGCGCAUUGUUCGCUUGGUGUCCGACUUUCGUCCAGAGGAUUCGGAGAAUGAUAGCACUGGUGUCUUGAUCCAGUAUGAUGUGAAAAACUGGACGCCCUUGGAUGGAACAGAGCAAGCAGCCGCGCAAGGCGAGCGGAGCAGCAAUGCGCUCGAUGCCCUCCGUGACAUCUUGAAGGAGAUGCAGCAUGAACUGCAGGAGGACGAGCUCAGCAAAGGUUUUUUCAUGCUGGGUCUGGACUCUUUGGAGUUGGUUCGGGUGCGCACCAGGUUGAGCCAGUGGUCGGGAAGAGAUCUUCCUGCAACCUUUCUUUUGGAUUUCCCAAGCGUCUCAGAUGCGGCCGCCGAGCUUGAUCGCACGGAUGGUAAGGUCAGUGUGCCUCAGGCUCAUGGCUCGGAUGCAAUGACGGAGAUCAAGUCGGUCAUGGCUGACUUGCGCAUCCCUCUGUUAGAGGAGCAGCUUUCACAGGGCUUCUUUCAGCUAGGCAUCGACUCUCUGGAACUGGUAAAGGUCACAAACAGGCUUAGCCGGUGGUUGGGAAAACCCUUGGGCUCCACCAUCCUGCUGGAUUAUCCCACGGUGCGGGACCUUGCCGAUGAGCUGGACAAACGUCGGACCACGGGCUAUCCGCCUGUGGCCGAAAUUGACACAAAGGAUGGCCCGGCUAUCGGCAAGGAUCUCCUAAUUCAGGUGCAAGAGAAGUUGAAGGAGAAGUUCGCAGCUGCACCAAAUCAGAAGAAGAUCAACGCCCUAGCUGAAAAGCAGACGCCAUUAAGCGCAGGCUACCGCAAGGCCUUAGAACCCCUGCGCCUUGAAAUUGAGGGGUCUGUUCUUCUGAGCCUGGGCGUCAUCGAGGACUUGCAGCCAAAGAUGGUGGAGAAGGGCCGCAAAGAUUUGGAGAAGAGCAUGAAGAAGUUUCGAAAGCUUCCUGAAGUUGCAGCCAGCGAGCAGGAGAUUUUGAAGCUACUGAAGUUGAGUGAUUCCUUGUACCUCAUGCGAUUGGGCGUGUCCAGCGACGGGAACGUGGUUUGGGUGGCGCGAAGGCGAGUCGCACAUUCUUUUCCUUCAGCCUGAUGAGGAUACAGUGGUUUGCCCGCUCCAGUCGCACUUGCUCAACGAUGGCAACGACAUGGCUCCCGUCAGGUAUGGUGACUGGCACCGCACGAAGGUCAACUUGGCAUUUGACAGGUCAUAUGUCACACAUGCUGGCGCGCCUUGACGCGAUUGUUUCUCGACGGGCUCGCAUUGAACGAGUGCCUUCGUUCCCCCCCCCCCUCCACGGCGCCGACGCGUGCGGGG